AUGGGAUUUUGGCCUGUCUCAGCCGCGCGGUCCCUGGCCCUUCGCUACGCCACUCUCGAGGCCAUGCCCCCGCUGAGCAGCGGCAGCAGCAGCCCCAGCAGCAGCAGCGGCAGCAGCCCCAGCGGCACCCACCGAAGCAAACUCGGCGACGGCCGGCCCGCCGCGGCCAGCAGCAGCAACAGCAGCGGCAGCGGCGACGGCGCCGCCUCGCCCGCCGCGCCGGAGCAGCGCGAGCGGCCACGGUACCCGCCGUUUGACCCGCACGUUCACGGCGUGCUGUACAUGCUGAGGGCGGAGGACAUGGAGAAGCUGAAGAAGCGGGAGGGGGGCUACGUCUUGAAGGACAUGGAGGUUCAGACGUAUGACGGCCGCCGCGUGAUAGCGCAGUCCUUUGUGUCGGCCCCCCUGGCCAUGCUGCCGGUUGAGGUGGCGCCGACUGAGAAGUACAUGCGCGCGCUGCGCGAGGGCGCCGCAGACAACUACCUCGACCCCCUCCACCAGGCGUGGCUGAGCAGCGUGGAGACUGUCAGCAGUGCGGGCCUGGGCGCGGAGUACUUUAACACGCCCUCGAAGUUCAUCGCAUACGGCUUCCUGGCCAUCGUGGCCCUCAUGGUGGUCGGGUUCUUCGUGCAGCACUGA